AACUGCAACAUUUUCUCAACACCCCAUGGAAAAAUGUGUAGAAUUGCAAGAAUUUCCCAUUAAAUGUACAUUUUUUGUCUUCAAUUUCAAGAGGGGGGGGGACAAAAAAAUAUUGACCGCUUGGCCAAUCAAAUCUCGCUUAGGGCCCCGCAAAAGGGUGGAACCGGCCCUGGUGUGACGAAAUAAACCUAUUGUUACGCAAAUGUUUGGAGAGGUCUCACGAGCGCACACAUUUUGGUGAUGGAAAAUUAAUUCCUACACCUCGUGCAAUUUCUCUUGCACAUUUAAUGUGAUGGGGAUUGUAUUGGUGCUGAAUGUAUCCAGAUAAUAAAAGGAUAUUCAAAAUAUUUUAUUGCUUUGGGUGACAGUUGUGCAUAACCUCAACCCGCAAGAAGACUAGCUGGCUUUUGGGAAGAGCAGCGGACAUGGAUUCUCAAAAACAGGAGUUUUGGAAGGAGGCUAUUUUGAAAGAAAAAAUUGUCAGACUAAAUUGGUUUCGAGAUAACUGGAUCAAACCUAAACUCGUCAAAAAGGUGGGUGAAAAACGAGGGAUGAAACUGCCACAAAUCAACGAACCUCAACGUGAAGCGAAACCUUUGAAAACGCUGACCAGAGAUGGGGCGCAGGUCAAAAGUAGAGAUGAGAAGGUCCUUAUUGAUGUGAUGCGGCCGGUUUCGGGAGAGACUCGGGAUGUGCUGUAUGAUGGCUUUUCGUUAGAGGAGACUGGACGCUACAAAUACCUCCUCCUCAGGAAGCAAAAGGAUCCUGAGGUCAAGUACCUCUACCCUAUAACCAGCAACUGGCAGUAUGGAUGGGGUCUGGGUGACAUGAACAAGGCCUACGUCCCGAUGUACGCACUCAACGCCAUUGUGAAAGAGAGCUUUUUCCGCAAGAACGGCGUCUUCCCUCGCUCCGCCACCUCAGACACCGUGGCGUGAUGGUGCCUAACCGGAUCGCACAGGACUCAACUGACAAUACAGACCCAACGCCUGCGCAUGGUUUUGUGAAGACGAAAAUUAAGCUGAUAAAUAGAAUGUGUAAAAUAAAAGUGUGUUUCUGGAAACUUGUA